AUGGCCAUCAGGUUGAUCACCAUCUGUAAAUCCAACAAGGUUCCAGUGGUACAGUCUCCGCACCACGUCCACCCCCUGGCACCCAUCCUCACCUAUGGCGGGGAGCGCUUUGUGCCGGGCACGCCGCCACCCAUCCCUACCGAGGUGGACCCCAAGACCGGUUUGCCGCGGCCCAGCCACACGCCCGAGCUGUCACCGUACUACCCGCUCUCCCCCGGCGCCAUGGGGCAGAUCCCUCACCUGGGCUGGCAGGGGCAGCCCCUCUACCCCCUGGCUGGGGGCUUCCGCCCCCCCUACCCCACCGCGCUCGUCAAUUCUUCCAUGUCCAGCUUCCUGUCGGGCCGGUACCCGCCCCACAUGGUGCACCCGUCACACGGCCUGCCACCCACCGGCAUCCCGCACCCGGCCAUCGUCACGCCGCCCGUCAAACAGGAGGCUCACAGCGGCGCCAACGGCUCGGAGCACCAGAAACAGAACUCCAAGAAGGAGGCGGAGGAGAAGAAGCCACACAUCAAGAAACCGCUCAACGCGUUCAUGCUCUUCAUGAAGGAGAUGAGGGCCAAGGUGAUCGCCGAGUGCACGCUCAAGGAGAGCGCCGCCAUCAACCAGAUCCUGGGCCGCCGGUGGCACGCCCUCUCACGAGAGGAGCAGGCCAAGUACUACGAGCUGGCGCGCAAGGAGAGGCAGCUCCACAGCCAGCUGUACCCUGGCUGGUCCGCGCGAGACAACUACGGCAAGAAGAAGAAAAGAAAAAGGGAGAAGCAGCCUGCUGAGCAGCCAGCCGUGAUUGAGCAAGAAUCCGCUAAGAAAUGCCGAGCUCGCUACGGGGUUGACCAGCAGAAUAACUGGUGUAGCCCUUGCAGUGAUGUCACCGCCCAGGGUGCUUGGCUUGCAGACGCCUCCCGUCCAGCCACUGGCCAGGCUCAACUUUUCUUAGCUUCCGAGAUCAAGAGGAAAAAGAAGUGUGCUCGCUACCCAUACGACGAUGACAGCUGUGCCAGCAAUAACUCUUCUGACGAAAGCAUGACCGACUCGCUCCCCGGCUCGCCGGCGCGCUGCCUGUCGCGCGGGCGCCUCCACCCCGGCCCGGCGAGCGCCGGCGACCACCCACACCACUCCCCAGCCACCUCCACCGCCGCCGCCGCUGCUUCGUCAUCCCAGCGAGACAGAGACCCGCGGGAUCUCCCGCAGCCGGACUCGGCCCCCAAGGAGAGCCACGGCCCGCAGCAAGCCGAGCGCCACGGCUUCGAGCAGGUCCGCUCGCCCGCGCACUCCCACCCGCUGUACGGGCCGCCGCCGUUGCUCCCGCCGUCCCACGACCACUCGAACCACCACCAGAGCGCCGGCCCGGACCCCUCGCGCCUGGAUUACCUGCGCUUCGAGCGGCCCGCGGUGCCGGAAGCGAGCCGGAGCCCGAUGGCGCGGCGCGCCGACAAGCCGAUCCACCACCACGCGGAGCCGUGCCAGCUGCCGCCGCCGCCGCCGCGCUCGGACUUUGCGUGCGGCGAGCCCGGCCAGAAGCCGACGUCGGAUAAAAAGCAGCGGCCCUCGCACGCGGAAGCCGGCGCGCCGGCGCGCACGGAGGACGGCGCUCAGCAGCAGUCGGAGCGCCCGGGCAACGCCCCGGCUCACGGCAGGCACUCCCAGCACCACAAACGCGAUCACGCCGCGCCCCCGCAGAUGAGCCCCUUCGAGCAGACGCGGGCGCCCAGCAAGGACAGCCCGACGCACGCCGGCGCUCAGAAGUCGGCGCCCUCCUGCUCAUCCGACUACAAGCGCCCGGGGCAGCCCUACGCGGAGCACUCGCACGCCGCCCACCCCAAGUCGCCGCGGCUCGACCCCGCGCACGCGCCGCCGCCGCCGCCUCUCGCCGCCAAGCCGGAGAUGUUCUCCCCUUCCUUCCCGCUGCCCAUGCUCGGCCCGCGGAUGAUACCCGGCGCUACCUCGCUCCCCUCCGCGCCGCCGCCGCACGGGGGCCUCGGCCGCCCCCUCGCGCAGCCGGCCGCGGGCCUGCCCUUCUCGGCCCCGUCGCCGUUCUCACCGAGCGGCUCCCUGUCCUACUCGCCGACGCAGCACGUGCCGCCCUCCUCCGCGAUCGCCUUCCCCCCGUCGCACUUCGCGCUGCAGUUCCACCACGCCAUGCUCCUGGCACAGGCGCAGCCGCUGUCUUUGGUCACCAAGCCCAGCAAGUGACGGCGCCGCCUAGGGCCCCCGUGACGACGCCACCCUCCGCAAGUCCCUCGCCCAUCCCCACCCCCCACGCCACUCGCGGCAACCGUGGUGCCGGCCGGCCCUGAGCACACCAGCCCCCCCCCACCCCAAGUCGGUACCGAUCCCCUUGCUCACUCCAGACCUAGAGCCACUUCCUUACUCACUCCAGCCUCUGCGCCAAGUCCACAGACACAAAACUGCUGGUCAAUAUUUGACUUUUUGCUUCGCAAUUUCUGAGGUCCUUUUCGUGUGUAAUCAUGCAUUUUAUGAAAACAUUUUAUAAAACAUGUUCCACAGCGACUAUAGAAGAUAUGUUUACCUGAUUUCUACAUGUAUGAUAUUAUUUCCUUUUUGGAUCGUUGGGUGUUUAGCUUUUAAAAUACAAAAUUUUAAAAAGUUUCAACGUAAACUUGAUCCGUUUGUUUUUAUUAUUUUUUUAAUUGAAGACUUCCAGCGCAGGAGACCUUGAGUGGAAGGUGGUUAUUUUUGAUAUGUAUUUUGUGCCGACGUUAAAGCCAAGUCAUUGUACAUUGGUUAGAAAUGUAUGUGUGUGCGUGCGUGACUCUGUCAAGCUCCACCUUAUUUUGGCUUUUGUAAUAUGUAAGCACCCAUUUCCUCUCAAGUUGUUAGCUUAACGUCUCAUGGCAGUGAACACCUGCACCGUUUGUAGCUACUAUGUAUUUAUUAACCUUGCUUGAUGGUAACAAUUUAGCUUUUAUUUUAUUUGUUUCAAUCGUUAUUGCAUUUGUUAUAUUUUGUACGCUUGUUUUGGAGAGCGAGAGAGAGAGCGAUCGUGCGAGAGAGAGAGAGAAGAAUUAUUCUGUGGCCAAAUCUAUAAAAUUUUAAAAGUGACAAUUCUUUUUUUCUGGUAAUAAGUGCAUUGUUGUCACAUAAAAAAUAUAUUGGGGGGGGGGGGGGGGAGAUGGGGCGGGGGGACGAGGAGAGAGACGAUGUUUAGUACAAGUUUUGAAUUGUUUUGGUGGAAUUGCAUUUUAACACAUUGUACAUUCUAUGGGUAAACUUUGACAACGUGUGUCGAGAUGUGUAAUUUGCUGUUGACGGGAGAGAAUAGGACAUGAGCACAGAAUUCAACCACAGAAGAGAAACCAACCACACGAACUUGCGAUCCGUACGCGGAUUAUAAAAAAAGUUGAAACGCCACCUUGUUAAUAUUUGCUGUUUAAAAAAAUGCUUUGAGAGUUUCCUCGUUGAGGUUUUGUAAUUUGCUUAUUCUGUACAUGUCUGUAGCAUGCUUUUUUCUCCAAAAAUAAAAAAAAAACACUCAUUCUGUUUUUUUU